AUGGGUCGUAUCGCCACCGUCCUGGCAGAUACAUCAAUCAGUCUCGACGACUUUAGUUCAGUAAACCUGAAUAACCAUCAGAGCGUGGAGAGUGCCAUUCAGAGUUUACUUCCGCCACCGGAUCCGUGCUCGACCAAUACAUGCUCACGGAUAACACUUGAGAGUCUUGUUGAUAUACCCUUAUUCCAGGUACCUGCGAAACCUUGGACCAAUGUCACCGAUGAUGAUAAUCUUGUCUCCCACCUGAUCUCUCUAUACUUUACAUGGGAUCAUCCGUGCUGGCAGUUGGUGGAUCAGAAGGUCUUUCUGUUGCAUAUGAAGACGGGUGACCUAGGAUCACAAUACUGCACACCAUUCCUGGUGAAUAGUAUCUUAGCCAUUGCCAGCGUAUAUUCCGAUGCCCCAGAUGUUUUUGCUAUUCCCGGAAAUGCGGAUUCUUGCGGGUCGCACUUCUACAUCGAAGCCGAAAGACUUUGGAGAGCCGAAGAGGGUACAAUCAGCUUGGCCAACAUCCAGGGCUUGGUUAUCAUGUGUCAUGUGUUGAAAUGCCAGGGAAAAAAUGGAGUUAGCUGGCUGAUGCUGAGACAAGCUGUACAGCUCGCGCAGGAUUUCGGAAUGUUUCGAGCCCCAACGCUGCAUGCCAACUGGGAGGAAAUGGAUGCUGAUAUGCAGCGCAUUCAUGCAAUCGCUGCCUGGGGGAUCUUCAUCAUGAAUUUGGACAUGUCCAUGGAGCUACACAAGGACGCAAAUCUCGAGUCCCCAGCGUGCCGGCCUUAUAUGUCGGGCGACCUCAACGACGAUAUCGCAUGGACCCCUUAUCCUCGCUCGAACGAAAUCGAAUAUGCCAACAAGCCGGGGCUUCUCCGUUAUGUUGCAUCAGAACUCUCCAAUCUGACAGAAGUCACUGCGGCUAUCCAACAGCUGUUUUUUAUGAAUGCCUGCCACAUGGACGUCAACGAUCUCUGGACAAGGACUAACGAGAUAUACUCCCGUCUCCAACAAUGGCGUCGAAACAUGCCAGAUGUUUUGAAGACCGACAAUUACCCUGUCCCGCAAGUACUAUUUCUUCACCUCAAAUUUCACAAGGAGGUAUUGUCAUUGUUCAAUGCCUUUCUGGGGCACAAGGGCCCGGAUAACCCAUCACAUCCAACCUGGUUCCAACAAAUCAAAACAAUCCGCCUGCAAUCGGCCAAGGACAUCGCCCGAUGCUUUGGCAUCCUGCGAUUAUCCUAUGGGUAUAAGCGGAUACCCAGCCACAUGCUCGAGGCGGCGGGCGCUAGUCUUCUUGUAGUGAUGGGCGACUUGACGAACGAAGAAUCCGGGAACGCGUUUUUUGAACUUUGUCGGAUUGUAGUGGUGUUCGGCAAGCGAUUGAAACAGGCCAAGUACAUGAUUGCGAAAGUUAUCUCGGUUGCACAGCAAUCGGGAAUCAUUUUACCGGCGGAAGCAAUGUUGAUUCUUGAAUCGGGAUAG